CACGUGCCAUCGCCCGUUCCUCACUGCGCGUUCCUGAGGGCAGCGCGCGAGCUGAGCCCGCCCUGGCUCGAGCGGGGCCGAGCCUCGGCCUGCAGAGGGCCCCCCGCCCCCCGGGGGGACGCCGCGCCGGCCCGAGGCCUGCGCGACCCGCGGGAGGUGCGGCACACCAGGGAUGGCCGCCGAGGAGGCGGAGGAGGCCGGCGGGGAGCGGGCCCUGCAGCUGCUUCGCGCGCCAGACGUCGCCGCCCUCGGCCGCCUCGGCGUGCUGAGCCUGAGCGGCGCCGACCUGGCGUCGCUGCCGGAGGCGAUAGGCCACUGCUCGCAGGUGUGGCGGCUGGACAUCGGCCGGACCGCCAUACAGACACUGCCCGACGCCAUCGCCUCGCUGCCGCGGCUGAAGAUCCUCUUCGCCGCCAACGGGCAGUUCUCGGAGAUUCCCGCGGUGCUGGCCCGUUGCCCUGCACUGCGGAUGGUCGGUUUCGGAAACAACCGCCUGACCGCAUUGAACGGAGCCCAUUUGCCGACAGAGCUGCAGUGGCUCAUCGCCGCCGGCAACCAGAUCGCCUCGCUCCCAAACAUCCACCUGCUGCAGCACGUGCGGAAACUGAUGCUAAGCCACAACCUGCUCACGUGCGAGGCUCUUGCCCCGGCGGCGGCAAUCGCCGACCUGGAAAUGCUGCGAGUGGCCGCGAACCGGCUGGAAGCAUUUCCAGAUGCCUUGCUGCGACAUCCGCGGCUUAGCUGGGUGGCUGUUGGCGGCAACCCGUUCGCUGAGGCCGCCACAGAGAAGGCGCUGGCGACAGCCCCUCCUGCCGUGGACUAUUCGGAGGUUUCUCUGGGCGACAAGCUCGGCAGUGGUGCGGGAGCCAACGUCUACAGCGCGACCUGGCGUGGCAGGGAGGUGGCCGUGAAGGAGUGGCACGGCGACAAGUUCUCGGACGGCACGGCCAGGGGCGAGUGGGCCGCGAACAAGGUCGCCGGGCAUCCCGGGCACCCCUCCAUCGUGGGGGUGCUCGGCACGUUUGAGGUCCCCCGGCCGGGCAUGGUCCUGGAGAAGAUCGAGGGGGCGACGGGCGCGGCCGGCGCGCCGCCCUUCCAGCCCUUCAUGAUUACUCGGGAUCUGCUGCCCGCCCACGGCGGCAAGGGCCCCUCGUUCACCGCUGGGGCCGCGCUCGCCAUCGCGAGGACCGUGGCGAGCGCGUGCGCGUACCUGCACAGCCGCGGCGUCUACCACGGCGACGUCUACCUCCACAACACCCUCGUCGUCCCCGACGGGCCCCUGGAGUCCUCCGGGGUCCGGGACGUGAGGCUGUCGGAUUUCGGGGCCGCCACGGUGGUCGACGAGCCCGGGUUCUUCAAGAUCGAGGCCCGCAGCUUCGGCUGGCUGCUGCAGGACCUCCUGGACAUCCUCUCCUCGACGGGCCCCGCCGCAGCAGACGGCGGUGGCCGGGACGCCGACGUCGAGUCCCUGCUGCAGCGGGUGCGGCGGCGCUGCGCAGCCGAGACUUUGGACGGGCUCCCGACCUUCGCCGAGCUCGCCAGCGAGCUGGCAGCGGAGGUGGUGCCGGUGCCUUCGCUGUGAGCCGCAGAGUUCGGGGGAGGGGGUGGCUCGGAGGCGACGAUAGAGGCGAACAGCCCGGGGGCGGGCGGACAUCACGCGCAUUCGCCCGGGAGCCUCCCCGAAGGCAUGGACCAUCGGCGCCCAUGGAUGCAUGUAUUGCCCUCCCCGUGGGCUAAUCGCCCCCGUCGUCGCCCGCGAGUGGCGGGUACGGUGGGGGCGUCAGUUCAGGAGGGUGUCCAUGAAGCUUCAGACCCUGGGUGCUUCCUCAUCUGAUGGGGGCGGCGGUGAUAUCCAUGGGACCAGGAGAGGGGAUAGACUUUUCGAGCGCAUCCGACGUGCCCGCCCGCGUUCCUGUUUUUUGCUUGUCCCGCUUCCCGUCCUCCCCUGUCCUCCUCAUCUGGUCUCGUUUCAUACUCUUCCUCGUCAUCAUCAUGCUGUCCAGCCCCAUCAUUUUCCACUGUGUUUGUCAGCGCUCGGCCGAGGCGGUGUCAGGCUGGCAGGAAAGACGGACACAAAAAUGAAAUCCGAGGCAGUCUCCAAGCCGACCGACCGUGAUCCGCCAUGUCACUCUCCC